CGGGUCGUUGGGUUUCGGUUCUGGUAUCUCCGACCUGCUCCGCCUCCGCCUCCGGCAUCGGCACGGUGUCCCAAGGCGACGAGAUCACCGUGAGAUCCAGAGCCGCCGCCGCCGCCGCAUCUGCUAGCGCCUCACUCCCUUCCGGCCUCCCUUCCCGCUGCAAAGAUGGGGAGGAUACCGUCUCUGAAGAACUUCAAUGCGUUUCCGCACGCCGAAGACCACCUGCUGAAGAAGACUUACUCGGGUGCUAUAGUGACGAUUCUCGGGCUAAUUGUUAUGGUUACACUUUUCGCGCAUGAGCUCACGUUUUACCUUACAACCUAUACGAUGCAUCAGAUGUCUGUAGAUCUGAAACGAGGAGAAACUCUACCAAUUCAUAUAAAUGUAUCAUUUCCAUCUUUACCAUGUGAAGUCUUGAGUGUGGAUGCAAUCGACAUGUCCGGCAAACAUGAGGUUGACUUGCAUACAAAUAUCUGGAAGCUUCGUUUGGAUAAGUAUGGCCACAUCAUUGGUACUGAGUACUUGUCUGAUCUUGUUGAAAAGGAGCAUGGAACUCAUGAUCAUGACCAUGGCCAUGAGCAUGAUGUAGAAAAGAAGCCUGAGCACACCUUCAACGAAGAUGCAGAUAAAAUGAUUAAGAGUGUCAAACUUGCAAUGGAAAAUGGCGAAGGAUGCCGGGUGUAUGGUGCUUUGGACGUGCAGAGGGUUGCUGGCAACUUCCAUAUAUCGGUGCAUGGUUUAAAUAUUUUUGUUGCAAAUCAGAUUUUUGAUGGGUCAAGCCAUGUCAACGUAAGCCAUGUUAUCCAUCGACUGUCCUUUGGUCCAGAAUACCCUGGAAUUCAUAAUCCACUUGAUGAUACUUCAAGGAUACUGCAUGACACAAGUGGGACAUUCAAAUACUAUAUCAAGGUUGUUCCAACCGAGUACAGAUACCUCUCAAAGGGAGUGUUGCCAACAAAUCAGUUUUCUGUAACAGAGUAUUUUGUUCCCAUUCGCCCAACUGAUAGGUCCUGGCCAGCCGUUUACUUCCUGUAUGAUCUCUCACCAAUCACAGUCACCAUCAGAGAAGAAAGACGGAACUUCCUACAUUUCAUAACUCGCCUUUGUGCAGUUCUUGGGGGUACAUUUGCAAUGACAGGAAUGCUUGACCGGUGGAUGUACAGGAUCAUCGAGUCUAUCUCAAGCUCAAAACCUAGGAGCGGCAUGCGGUAACCGGGCAUCCCAUGCCGAGCGAAGGAGGCUACUAAAGCCUGUGGCCAGUCAAGUGGGUCGUCGACGAUGUUGUUGUCUCAACCAAGUGACCAUAGCACGGUCACCCCCUGCGGGCUUUCAUGUUUUGUCCAGUCCAUGCAUCUAUAACUUAAAAGAUAUGGUUCUAGUCCUAUGAUUAAUCAUGUUAGAUUGGCACUAGUGGCAAGUAUACAGUUUUGUUAUCAAUGAUGCAACCGGAGGCGCCAAUGAUGUCGUGUGGCUGAGCAACAUACUUUGUGAUACUUUUAGCUUGUACCAUGGGGGAAAAAAGCAUGUCCUCAGUAUGACAGUAUGACAAAUAGCAUCAAUUGGACUUUGAAACGGAAUUAAAAGCGUAAACGUUCGAGCA